AUUGAAUUUCCACUCUUUUAGUAUCUGCAAGCCAACCGCAGAAAUGUUUAUGAGAGAGCCGGCGACGUCAUUUCCUUUUGCGCGAUGGAUAUCCUGUUAUCCCGUUCUAGCAACUCAACAUCGCCACUUCGAAAACAUAUUUGACCGAAAUGGUGUCCCCAGAUAUCUGUGACCAAUUCGUCGUGACUUCAAUCCACCAAUCCCGAGACUCUAUUCCCAGUUGCUUGUCAGACUAAAACAAGAAACAUGCCUAACACAACAAGAAAGAUUGUCUGUUUCUCAGGUACGCAAGCCCCAGCAGUUCAGCACAAGCUUUGGUCCCUGUCGAUCUUAUACCUGUGUUUUUCUAUUGUGACAACGAUAGGAUCGCUGAUUGGCUGCUAAUUCUGUGCUAUUCCCAGACUUUGAUGGCACCAUAUUUAUGCAAGACACUGGCCAUAUUCUCUUCGACAAUCUGGGAUGCGGCACGAAGCGCCGCCAAAUGCUGGAUGAGCAGAUCAAAACCGGCGAGCGGUCAUUCCGUGAUGUGUCCGAGGAAAUGUGGGGAUCUCUGCGAAUCCCCUUUGAAGACGGGUUUGAGGUUAUGGAACAGGAACUCGAAAUCGACCCUGGAUUCCAGGAAUUUCACAAGUUCUGCAUUGCCAACGGCAUCGAUUUCAACGUGAUCAGUGCAGGGCUGAAGCCCAUCUUGCGCAGAGUGCUGGACACGUUUUUGGGGGAGCAGGCUUCGUCAAUCCAGAUUGUUGCAAACGACGCCGAUAUCAAAUCGGACGGUUCGGAAUGGAAACCGAUCUGGAGACAUGACACCGAGAUGGGUCAUGACAAGGCCCUUUCGGUCCAGGAAGGUCGCGCCGAGGCCGCCAAGUACUGCAUUGAUGGCCAAAUUCCCCUGAUCGUUUUCAUCGGUGACGGUGUGUCCGAUCUUCCUGCUGCCCGUGAGGCCGAUGUCCUCUUCGCGCGCAAGGGCCUUCGCCUCGAGGAGUAUUGCAAGGAAAACAACAUUUCGUACAUUCCUUUUGAGACAUUCACCGACAUCAAGCGGGAGAUGGGGUCGAUCAUGGAAGAAGACCAGGAAAAGACCAACGGCCAGGGAACCCCAGCUCGGUUCAACCCACGUGCCAACAUGUGGAGAAGGGUUUCCAGCCAGCAAUCCGUUCCUCAGUUCAUCGCCGCCACUCCUUCGAAGGAAGAGAAGAUGUUCCUCUGGCCGGAAAAUUUCACAGAGUACCGCCCCAGCGGAAUUCCGGAGGACGUUUACGCUUAAGGAUAUUAUGGGAACUCAACGGAGGAGAGAGGCAUUGCAUGAUGCGGGCGUCAUGGUAACAAUUCAAGAGAAAAAGAUCAGAAACAUAGAUUGGA